AUGUUGAAGAAGGUGAAAAAGGAAUGGGAGGAGUUCGCGAACCAGGCAGAUGUGACAUCGUAUGAACAAAGUUUGACUUCAUGGGUGUGGGACGUUGGUCAACGAGGUUAUUGCAAAGUUGGCUUCGAGCAGAUUACUCACGGAGUUUGUGGCGCUGUCUGGAAACGGAACGAUCACUUUCGAGAACAUUUUGGGAGGGCUGUGUCGGGGGUGGCUCAUUGA